ACGGCUUGGAAAACCUCUGUUAACUCCAGUGAAUUCUAGCCUUCAAGAUGACGGACAUGAACGAUAAACUCCCAAAGGCAAUAGACCUUUCUCACCAUCUUUCUGAAUUAUCGAAAGCUAGGCAGACGUCCCCGCUCAAGGGACUUGCAAAGUAUUUCGGCCAGCCAGGUAUCAUCAGUCUCGCUGGGGGAAUGCCUGCGCCAGCAUACUUCCCUCUAUCGACGUUGUCUGGCGAAAUGCUCGUUCCCGACUCAUUCGCAACUGUACCGGCGAAUUCCUCGGAUUCGGGCUUAUCAUGGUUCUGGCGGCUCUUUUCGUCCAACAAGAAAGAGCGCACAGAACACAUGUCAAUACCGAAGUACACCUCCGCAAAACCUUCAGAGGAGAUAUCGCUCGACGUCGCACUUCAAUACGGGACGGCGCAGGGACUUAUCCCACUCCAGAACUUCAUGCGUGAAUUCACCAAGCGCGUGUAUCGGCCGCAAUACGCGGACUUUACUACGCUCGUGCAUGCUGGUAAUACUGAUGGAUGGGGUAAAGCCAUGCAGACUCUAUGCAAUCCUGGGGAAAAGUUCUUAACGGAGGAAUGGACUUAUCCGUCGGCACUCGCGUCAGCGAGACCAUACGGCGUCAUGCCUGUCGCUAUCAAAAUUGAUAAUGAAGGUAUGCGCAGUGAUGAUCUACGCAAGGUUUUGGAGGAGUGGGAUGAGGAAGCUCGAGGUGCGAAGAGGCCUCAUUUGAUGUAUACUGUGCCUGUUGGUCAGAAUCCAACUGGUGCCACUAUGGGCGCGACUAGAAAGAAGGAGAUAUACAAUCUCUGUAUAGAAUUCGAUAUUAUUAUCGUCGAGGAUGACCCAUACUAUUUCUUACAGCAGGGUCCCUACAUCCCGAAGGGCACCCGAAACUACCUGGCAUCACUGGAGUUGAAGUCAAGGGACGAAGCCUCCGAGUUCAUCGCUAGCCUUGUACCAUCUUACCUCAAAUUUGAUUACCAAGGACGUGUAAUCCGGUUAGAUAGUUUCUCAAAGACCAUCGCCCCAGGUUCACGACUAGGUUGGUUCACAUGCAAUGAACGCUUCGCAGAACGCCUCGAACGACAAGGCGAGACGUCGACGCAAGCUCCAUGUGGUUUCGGUCAGUCAAUUAUCACGCAGCUCUUGACGAAACAAUGGGGUUUCCGGGGAUACGUACGCUGGCUGCGCGGACUUCGCGCAGAAUACACGCAACGCCGUGAUUUCUUCAUUGACGAGUUAAUGGAGUACUUCGAUAUUCGGCCUAUGUACGUAGCGCAGGGCUCUUGGGCAGGAUGCACGGCACUUGUUGCUCGUCCACGUACUCGCUCUCAGAGUCGUGCAAACAACGUGUCGUCGGAGAAGCAAGACUUUGCAUUUGGCGAGAAGCCGAUAUUCAGUCUUGUUCCGCCGUCUUCGGGAAUGUUCGUAUGGCUGAAGAUCCACUUCGAGAACCACCCAUCAUUCAGAGCCCCAGAAGAUAAAGCAACUCUCGAAGUCAAGCUUUGGACGAAAAUUGCAGACUCAGGCGUACUCAUCGGGCCAGGAUGGAUGUUUGCCGCAACGGACGAAAUCCAACAAGAGGCCGAGGGCCAUUUCCGUAUUGCUUUUAGUAACGCUGAGUACGACGUUAUGAAGAAGGCAAUACAGGUUAUGCAUGACGUUCUCUUGGAUUUCUUUGAAUACCAUUGAAAUCUUCCAUACCAUAUCGAUUUCAUUUCGUUGUUGCGGAGCUUUUUGGUUUUUCGAUCAAUAGACAGAGUAAUAUGUAUGCUAGAUAUACGACAUGUAUCAUUUCUUGUAUCUAGUUGUUCUGGUAGAAAUAAAUCUUGG